GAGACAUAUUAUCGAUCAAAUAGUUUGAACGAAUAUUUUAAGAAGUGAUUAUUUAAUAUUAUCAGUCUUCACAAUUGAAAAUGGCUACGGAAAGAGUAAAAGGGAUUACUGAUCUCAGUGAAAUAAAAGAUGAAGCAUGUGCGUUAUUUAAAUUAGUGAAUGAAAAUUCAAUGCUGAAAGUGGGAUUUCAAGCAUUCAUUAAAGACGACGAAAAAGAAAAUUUAGAAGAAAUAAUUAAGAACAGAAAAGUUGUAUCACUAAAAUGGCCUUUAUGCGAGAUGGGACCAGCAAGUAAAAUGAAACUUCGUUUGCAAAAAGACGUAACGUGGGAAAACAAAGUUGCCGUGAUAAUUUCUGUUGGAAGCUUUAAAGAUAUGGCAGAGAAGAGAAGGAAUCUAAUUGAUUUGAGUGUCUUAGAUCCAACAAAAAGUCAGCGCCAAUUUCGCCAUCGUAAACAACCUGUCGACAAUAAAACUGGAAAACGAAAGAGCGAAAAGUUAAACACAACUAAAGUUAUUAAAAAGAAAAAAAUUGAUAAGGUUCAGGCAUCAAAUGUUUUGGCGAAAGUAGAGAACCAUCAAGCAGAAUCGAGUGUGAAUAGACAUUUAGAAGAAUCAGAAGAUUAUAGUUCAGAUGAUGACAGUCGUGAAAUGUUAAUAUCUGAAACAUCAGUUCUAAAACAGGAAAUUUUUCGUCUUAAAGUAGAAAAUGAUAAUUUGAAGAAAGCGAAUGCUCUUUCAAUAAACAAAGAAAAAGAUCUUCUAAAACAAAUGUCGUUUUUUAAAGAGGAAUUACCGCGUCUGAAAAAAGAAGUAUCAUAUUUGCAAAAAAUUGUCGAUAUGAGUAAUUCUUUGGAUAAAUGUUUGAAAUUGCUUUCAAAUUCAGAUAAGAAUUUAAACAUAAAUCACACGGUUUACCAAAAGGAAAAAGAAUCAAAGAAAAAUGAGGCUUCAAAUCAAUCAAAAAUUAGGCUAUCAAAACCAGAUGAUUUUUCUCUAAGUGAUACGGACACCGAUGUUGAAGGAGCUUUUUCAGAUUGUGAAAAGUCCGAAAGAGAAACCGAAAAAUUGGUUAAAAAUCUGGAAAAAACUUCAGAGACUGAAGAUUUAAUGGAUUUAAAAUCAGGUGAAAUCAGAUUAAGUGAAAUACAAGAAAAUCCACUUAAAUCAUUUCCAUCAACAGUCGAAACAUCGGAACAAGUUUCUCGGAUUUUAAACGAUUUUUCAACUAAUGAAUUUGAAGACUUAGAAGCACCGAAAUCUAAUUUUGCAAUCGAAAGUGUCAAAGAAAUUAUUCAGGAAACUUCUGGUACGAAUGAAAACGAAGAAAUUAUUCAAAUCGUAGAAACAUCAACAAGCAAACAAAAUGUGCCGAAAGCAACGGCGCCUCCAAUUAUUGCAGUGACUGAAUCUUCAUCGUCCAAUGUGAAACCAGAAAAAAGCCGUUUUAUCAAAAUUGGCAACAAACUAUGUAGCCUUGAUGCGGUCGAAAGCUGUAGCACACAAAAUGUUUCGAAAUAUGUAGGCGAUUUGAGUUCUAUCGUUUUUGACAAAGAAGAACUAAAAACAAGUUCAAUAACUGGAAAAAAAAGCAAUGCUUAUAAGAAAAAUAAUGAGCAAGAAUCAACAAAACAAUUAGAUCCAGUUAGAGUGGAAUCAAUGAAAAAAAUGACAAUUGCUAAAUUUGGGGACAGCGACGAUACGAACAAGCUUUUCAAGAUGGCUCUAAGAGCGAAAUGCAACAAUGCGAAAGCGAAAAAAAGGGUGGCUGCAACUAACCCUGAAUGA